UGUAUGCCUGCACACGGCGUUUAACACAUUACGUAACACCCCCCCUCCCCAAAAAAACAUUUACUCAUAUUCGUCACUAGGCUUAAAGUAUUUUAUAAUAUUAUGAUCAAUUGCGGAGCCAAAGUACACAUGCAGUUUGAUUUUUCAUUCCCACCAAUCCUCGGGUUUUCCUGGCAGCUGCAAUUCUAGCGCGCUGUCUCUCCCAACCGAGCUCUAUGGGUCAGCUUCUGGCUACUACCGCUGCUUCCUCCUCCUCUUGACCGUCGGCGGCGGCAAGGGCAGCCACUUUCCCCAGCGCAGGAGCCCAUCAGGCCCAGUAAACUGUGGAGAAGUGGGAGGGGCGUCCUGGAAAGCAGCGGCUGCCCGACAUGGGUCUCCGCCUGGGCUGCCUGCGGCCCCUGCUGCCGCCUCCGUGGCUGCGCACCGCAACUGCCCAGAUUCCCAGCCGUUCUCCCGCCCCUCGCAGCGGAAAUUGAGGGGAGGACCGGGUGGGGGGCGGCCGCCGCCGCAGCCCUCCUCAUGUGAGAGGAAAGGGGGAGUUGCUCCCACCCUGCUCGGUCCCUGCAACUGCCCCCGCUUCCUUCUCCUUGCACGCCCAGGCCCUACGUGGAGCCGCGGCGUGUCCCUCCUUUCCCGCUCCGAUGAUGGAUAGGAACUACCCGCCAGCUCCCUCCUUCCCUGAGCCGCUGGCUUCGGUCGCCGCCGCUGCGUCCUCACAGCCUGCUACCGCUUGGGCCUACGAACGGGGCGCCAGCAGCGCUAAGCCCAGUUUAAGCUAUGGAGGAGGACAUCCAUCAAAUUCAGAAACAGAUCUUCACAGACAAAUAUAUACAACUUCUCAUCAGCUUCCUGCAUAUGCUACCACACCCCACCCAGCUGGUCUUUCUGGAAUUUUUGAUAACACUAUGCAUAGUGGCAGUAGCAACACUAAAGAAACAUCAGUAAUGAAUUUUCUUGCUGCAAUUGAUUCCCGCAAUGCUCAGGCUGUUUCUUCAGGAACUACGCUAUUACCACAAUUCAGGGCUCCAACAUGGCAGCCAGGUAUGCAUUCUUCAACAGCAACUGAGCUUUUUGUUACUGGAGCCUUGCCAUCGUCCGGAACGUUUCCACCAGCAUCAAUUUAUCAGCAUCCCAGUGCUUAUAACAGUAGAAACUUUGCUACUGCUCCUUCUCUGUCUCUUCAAGAUGCAACUUUCAGUGCAACAUCCAAUGGACUUAUAACUGCUCAUGACCCUUUAUUGCAAAUCAAAACAUCCCAAGGCACAGUUCCUACUGCACUGACAUUUGAGCGCCUGGGCAGUUCUGUAUUAAGUACCAGCAUACCACCUCAGUCUUCAACAUACCGUUCUGCUCAAGAGUCUGCACCACAUCUCUUGCAACCACAGUUUAGUUUGUUGCCUUCAUCACUUGGAGGAGCUCAGUCAGCUCCACAGGUGUAUAACUCAUCUCUGUUUACUGGUUCCACUGCCUCCAUUGAAAGAGCACUGCAGCGAGAAUGUAGUGUUAUUAAACACCAUCAGCGGCCUUCAAGCACACAGUCUGCUCAGGCACAACUGACUGGUUCACAGCAUUCCUUACACAACUAUUUAUCAAGUGCAAGUGGAACUGAUUUUCCAGAUACAUCCCAGCAGUCAUCCCUUUCUUGUAGCCCAGUUGGUGAUGCUACUCAGGUGAGCAAUAGUGGACCACAGCAGAAGACCUCUCAAGUUUCAGUGGAACUUGCUCAGUCAUACACAUCUGCAAUUCCGUCACCUGGUUUCCCAUCUGUUUCCACUGCUAAGGCAAAACACUAUUCUACAAAGCAGCCACCAAGGGCCACAAAGAACCCCAAACCUCAAAGCAUAGCCCCUGCUGUGCAAACUCAAAGCUAUUCCAAAACUGCACAAACCCAGAGUUCUGUAAUAGCAGGUCAAGCACAAAUCUAUUCUACAGCACAGCUCCCAAGUCUCUUGUCAGUAAGCCAAUCACAGAACUAUGUUACAACUCAGUCACAGAAUAUGCCAUCUGUCAGUCACGCACAGCUAUUCCCAGCCAUUAAGGUUGAGAAGCUGCCUUCAUUGUACAAAACUCUUUCUUUCUCUGGGCAAUCGGAAGCUGUUACUUCUGAUAGUGAGGCACUAAGUUUUUCUGAUCAACAGAUGUUAAGUUCAGUUCCAAAUGAGAACUACUCUGGGCAAACAAGGGAUCUUUCUUCAGGCAGUCAAUCUCAGAGUUACUCUUCCAGCCACUCUCAGGGUUUGACAACAGUCAGCCAAUCGCAAGUUAGUUAUUCAUCUCAAUCGCAGGAUUUGUCGGUCGUUAGUCCUUCAGAAACCUAUACUACAGGGCAAUCUUUAACAAUAACAUCACAAUCUCUUCCAUUUUCAUCCUCAGCUCAUGUUCAAAGCUUAUCAGCUUCUAGCCCUCCCCAGAGCUAUAUUUCUCUACAUUCUCAGGCACAAGAGUCAUCUCCACAGUCUCAAAAGUUUUUGGCGGUUGUCCAGACAGCUCCUUUUGCAAUGCCAGCUCAGGCACAAGCAUUGCAGAACAGAUCUUCCUCAGAUACAAAAUCAUACAUGAAAAGGAAAUCUGAUCCUAACUUGUAUCAAGCAUCAAAACAAGAUGAUCAGUUCCCUGUGCAAGAUUUGCAGGCAUUACAGCAGCAAACAUCUCUUGAUUCCUCCACUCAAAGAAUAACUGGUGAUGAAGCUGAUGCUCAGGAUGCCUCUUACAAAGUUUCUAAAGCAGAUAAUCCUUAUUCUCAAAGUGUAAUCAGGAGUAACUCUCGUCUUGAAGAUCAAGUUAUUGGACUUACUCUACAGGGGUCAAAAAAAGAUGAGAGAAUGAUUAGCUCUGUGGCUCAGCUUACCCAACAAAUUGGCCAUAUCACAAAUGUAGUAACCCAUGAUGUUAAAAAGCCAGCUAAUUUAAUGCAGACAACUCAAGUAAAUGUGGAUGCUAAAGAAGUAAACCAGCAACAUUCUCUUCUGCAUAAGGUACAUGAAGUUAAAGUCUCAGAGCAGCAAGGCCAAAUCAUUAGUACACCACCACAGCUUCAUACACAGGCCAUAAGGCAUGGCCAUCAGCUUUGCUUGCCCAGUGCACAAGUUCUUCUGGAAUCUGCCUGUGACUUACAGAUGCUUCAGCCAUCAAUAUUGCAAUCUGGCAUAGGUCCCACAAAAUUAUCUCCACAAAUGCAGCGCAUUCAGAGUCCUCAGCAGGUGACUCAUCAGUACCUUCAGGUGGGUAGUCACAUAGUUCAGAGUAAUGGUGGACAUUCUCAGCAGCAGCUUCAUACACAGACUGCUGAAGUUAUCUCUGAACACACAAAACCACUACAGCAACACUUGAUAUCAAAAGAUAAUUUUGUGCAUCCAAAUCAUGAACCUAAGAAUCAGUUUGUUUCCCUUAGUACGGUAUGUUUUCCAGAGUCUAUGCUUCUCAAUGAUGAGAGGAAUAUACUUUCUAAUGUAGAUGAUAUCUUGGCAGCAACAGCUGCUGUUUGUGGUGUAACUCCAACUGAAUUUGCCAAAGUAUCAUCUAAUGAGGAAGAAAUCCAGUCAAUUGAAAAUGGAGACAAUUCUAAGUCUCAGUUCCAAGCAAUAGAUGUCAGGCAUGUGACGCCUAGCUUCAGCUCUGCUCCAACAGUUGUUGGAAAGCCACUGAGCAUAAACAAUAUUUCUUUAAAUGGAGGCCAGGUUACCCUGAGCCUCACAGCAGUGUCUGCAGUGCAGCCAAAAAAAUUGAGCCUUGACCAACAACGCAUAGAAACUCCUGAUCAAAGCAUUCCUACAAGACUUGCCACAUCAGAACUGGAACAGAGGCAGGAACAGGUUUCUGGCCUUGUUAAACAACAAUCUAGCACCAGUAAUGACUCUGUGGGGAAAAAUGUUCUUGUUGAUGGUACUUUAAAUCUAAAAGAUGCAGACCUUGUUUCAAGUGGUAGGACUCUGAACAAAGAGAGUGUCAUAUCCAAUAGUAAUUUUAACAUGGAAAGUGACAACACUGUGAUAGGAAGCAAAGCUAAAAUUUCACUGCAGCCAGUACUAUCUAUGCAACAACUAGGAGACGAAAAUGGCAGCAAAGCUGAUGAGGAGAGGCAAGAUAUAUUGCAGGAGGACCUUCAGAAGCAAAAGGACAAAGGACAAAGUAAAACUAAAAGUGUCAGUGAAGAUGACAUAAAUCAGAAGCAACUGAAGCGAAGUGGGCAGUGCAAACGUCAGAAUUCAAGAGGAACUGAUGCCAGUUUGCCAUAUUUGUCUCCUGUUCCAGAAAGCUGCUAUGAAACCUACCAACAUCAAGAGAAAAUGAGGCAGAAAAUCAAAGAAGUAGAAGAAAAACAACCAGAAGUCAAAACAGGAUUCAUUGCCUCUUUUUUAGAUUUCCUGAAAUCUGGUCCCAGGCAACAGUUUUCAGCACCUGCUAUACGUGUGCCUAAUCGUGUGAGGAGACCUGUUGCCCCAGUCAUGAAAGCUCCUUGCACACAUCCCCUAUCAAAGCCUCAAAUGGCAGCCGCUCCCGCAUCUCUUGAGGACAGUUGUGAAGGUUCAAACAAAAUGAGUAAUGAGGAACCUAAAAGAAAUUUUGAAGCAUUGCCUUCAUUUUCUUCUGAUGAAGAUUCUGUAGGAGCUAACCAGGAUCUUCAAAAGAGUAUCACUUCUGCAUUAUCAGCUUUAGAUGAUACUUCUGAUAAAAAGAAGAAAACAGAAAUGGAAAAAACUAUGUCCAGUACAACCACCAACACUGUUAUAAAAAUGGAAUCUUCUCAAAUAGCUUCUUCUCAAAUAGCAGAUGCUCAGGUGAAAACCUGUUUUGCACAACCUGAAGAGGAUGGUGCUGACACCAUAGCAAAGCCACAGGCAACUGCUGCAAUAGAAGAAUGUAUGGAGGAAGAGAAUGGGGACAGUGGAGGCGAGGGCAUGUACAGAGAACGUGACGAGUUUGUAGUGAAAAUUGAAGAUAUAGAUGCACUAAAGGUUGCUUUAAAAAUGGGAAAAGAGCCUCCAGCCAUCUGGAAAGUCCAAAAAGCUUUGUUGCAAAAGUUUGUUCCAGAAGUACGUGGUGGACAGAGAGAAUUUGCAGCUACUAACAGUUAUCUUGGAUAUUUUGGGGAUGCAAAAUCAAAGUAUAAGCGGGUGUAUGUGAAGAUCUUAGAAAAUACAAACAAGAAAGAAUAUGUCAGAGUAUGUUCCAAGAGACCAAGAAAUAAACCUUUGCAGUCUCCAAGGACUAUUCAUUAUACGCCAAGUGCUAGCAUCAGCAAAGUUCCUGAUACUCCAGCAUCAAAAACAAUUACAGUAACAGCAAAAGUUUCUUCAGUGAAACCCAAAGCUAAGCAGCCAAAGAUAAAGGCUGAACCACCACCAAAGAAACGGAAAACAUGGAAAGAAGAAUUCCCCACAUCUCCUCAACGCCACAGUGAUGAUGAUGCUGCACCUCCAACUCCUUUUGUUGCUCGCUUUUUGAACACCAGAGCUAUGAAGGAAACAUUUAGGAGUUAUAUGGAACUGCUUGUUAGCAUUGCUUUGGACCCAGAUACAAUGCAAGCAUUGGAGAAGAGUAAUGAUGAGCUGCUUUUGCCUCACAUGAGAAAAAUUGAUGCUAUGUUGAAUGAAAAUAGAAAAAGGCUGCUCUCCAAAUUACACUUAGAACGUUCUUUCAAGGCUGCUUUGGAAAGUUUUCCUGAACUAACAGUAAUCAAUCGUGAUUCUAAAACAAAAAGUGGGGUGAGUGCAGUUUCAAGAAUCAAGAUGAAUGGGAAAGCUUAUAACAAGAAAACACUGAAGAUUUCUAAAGCAACCACUAAAUUAGUACAGGAGUUCUCUGUAGAGCCAGAAAAAAUACCAUUGUGUUCUUUGUAUCACUCACUCCAUCACUACAAAUACCAUAUGUUUCUGAGGUGCAAAAUAGAGAUUUCUUCUGUUCAAAAAAAGAAUGCAGAUCUAGGCCAGGAGGAGAUUGUACAGUACUGCAUGAAAAAUAUGAAAUGGGUAGAAGAUCUCUUUGAGAAGUUUGGUGAACUUUUGAAUCAUGUACAGCAGAAAUGUUCAUAACAUACUUUAUUCCAAAUCUCAUUCUUUUCUACAACAUUCAUCACAAUAAACUGAAGGCUCAAAGAAGUUCUUGUUAGCCUAAUCAUGGCAGACUAUGUUCUAGGUCACAGAAAUUUGUGGUGGUGUUGGUUCCAUGGCUUAUAAGGAAAAAUUAUGCUGCCAUGCAAAUGGAACUACAAACAAACCUCACUUCAUUUUUAACCUGAAGAAUGACUUUUGUAUUUUGUAAACUCUUGUAUUGGAAUAACUUAGGUUUAUUUUUGACAAAAUGAUCAAAGCAUGUACUAUAUAUAUAUAUUUAUAUUUUUGGCUAUGAUGAAAGUAACAAAUAUCAUGGCUUUUUCUGACUCUGAAUAUUAAAAAGAGUCUGGGUUGGUAAACGUAAUAUUUACAUUUAUCUGACUUAAGUAGAUCUUGUACAUUUUGUAAACAGAGCUAGUGUGACAGAAAAUUCUGUAUAUAAAAAUCACCAUCAGAAAAAUUCUUGCUUUAUGGACUCCUUUUACUGCUGUUAUGUUCAGAGGACUGGACAUGUUGGUGCAAUCCUAGGACUGGUAUUUUGUGUCAAAUGAUAUUGUAAUGAAAACAAUUACCUAUUUUCCCAGUUUUUGAAGAAAAACAUAUUUUCCUUUAUACUGUGUUUUUUUUCCCUUUGGAAAGAAAUUAAUUGUACAUUUUAUCUAAUCGUUGUAUUUUUCACAGAGAAAAUAUUGUGACUUACAAUUGUUUUGUGUAUCUUUGUAAUACUUUCUAUUGUUUUCAGUAAAUCCUGUUCAUUUUAUAUUUUAAUUUCAUAUUGUAAACUAUGUAUCUUGAGAUAAACAUUUUGUUUAUACAGGUUUGUUUCAGUGUUAACCAGGAAUAAGAUGUACUAGACUUUAUAAGUUUGCUCUGUAAGUAUAGUUGUGUUUAGACACUGCAUUUAUUUUCUGAUACGUGCGAAUAAAUUUCUUAGUAAAAUUGGACGGAUGAGAGUUUAAGGUGAAUGAGAGUUUAAGUGAAAAGAUGAAUGAGAGUUUAAUUGAAAAGCUACUACAUUUGUCUCCUGGAAAACAAAGAUUGAUGCAGUGUUAAAACACAGCAGGCUUUUUUUUUGAGAACUGGUAAUGGCAGAACUGUUUGCUUCUUGGUGCCUUCCAAAUCCUCAGACGUAUUUUGUAGCUGUCUUCUCCUCUGGGUUAUUUUUUAAUCAAUAGGGCUGGUAGGUCCCACUUAGACUACAGAUAUGUUUAUCUUAAAUCAGUAGGAAAUUUUCUUCAUUUGCCAACAGAAUGCCUUACCUCAGCCACUAAGUCCUCUGCUUGGAUUUGUGAAAAGACUGAACAUAUCUUUAUCAAAUAAUAUAUAAAAUAAUUGAUUUGUCCUUUCACUGCCACUUAGUGCCUUAAUUUCAGCCAAGAAAGCAGAAUUCCUUGUUCACUAGCCAACCAGGAUAUUCUUAUAUGUAGCACGGUGUAUUUUCCUUAGUUGUAAAUAUAUUCAUUGCACCUUAGUUUUGUAAAGUAUAAUGAAGGGCUGUGAUCAUGAGCAAUUAAACUAGGAUUUCAAAAUAUUGAAGGACA